CGGGAGCUUUCUUUCUUGUUCGAUCAAUUUCGGAGCUCAAUCGGCGAAAAUGUUUCAGAAAUCGCUCGCCAGCCCUUUCGGCCCGCCGAUUCCGAUCGGUUCCCUCAAGCCUUGGUCCAAGAGCUCCCGGAAUUUAAACGUCGUUGUUCGAUCUGAAGCGGUCGAUGCUUCGAACAGGGCGGAUCCGAAACCUAAUCCGGCGCCGUCGAAGCUGUUCGAAUCGUCGUCGUCGGCGGCGGCGGGGCCGUACCCGGGCGGAAUGGGGCUGCACACCGGCCGGGAUCCGACGGUGAGGAAGCCCGAGUGGCUGCGGCAGAGGGCGCCGCAUGGGGAGAAGUACGCGAGGCUGCAGGAGUCGCUUGCGGAGUUGAAGCUGAACACCGUCUGCGUGGAGGCGCAAUGCCCCAACAUCGGAGAGUGUUGGAAUGGAGGGGGAGGAGCAGGCGGCGAAGGGGAUGGUAUUGCGACUGCGACGAUUAUGCUUCUAGGGGAUACCUGCACCCGUGGCUGUAGAUUUUGUGCGGUGAAAACCAGCAGAAACCUGGCACCACCGGAUCCUAUGGAGCCCCAGAACACAGCUAAGGCAAUUGCAAGUUGGGGGGUGGACUAUGUUGUGCUUACAAGUGUAGAUCGUGAUGACCUACCUGAUGGCGGAAGUGGCCAUUUUGCUCAGACAGUCAAAGCUUUGAAGAAGCUUAAACCCGAUAUUUUGGUCGAAUGUCUAACUUCUGAUUUUCGAGGAGAUCUUGAGGCUGUCUCACUGUUGGCAGAUUCUGGCCUAGACGUAUUUGCCCACAACAUUGAGACCGUGAGGCGGUUGCAAAGAAUUGUUAGAGAUCCUCGGGCAGGGAUGGCCGAACGAAUCAUUACUCCUUCUCCUAGAAGCCACUCAGGAGGCUCAAGCCAAACCAAACCUCAGGGCCACUGCACACCUGAAUCAACUAAUAAACCAGGCGACCUCCUCCUGCAAUACCAACAAGAAAUGGAUAAGCUCAGAGCCAAGACACGUGAAGGACUCACAUUUGAUGAAAUGGGACUAUCUGAAAGAAGACUUGGAGCAAUUCAAAAGGAAGCCUCCCUACAAGCAUGUGAAGCAUUACAGCAAUUCAUGGACAUCCACCUAAUCAAGACUAAAGAAUAUCAAAGAAGGAGCGGUGGAAAAGACAACUGGUACAAGGACUGGUUACCAGUUGUCCUCCAGCAGCAACAACAACUGGAGAAGGCUCUAUCUCUGGCAAAAGACGUCUCACAAAGGACAACUAGCUUUAGCCUUUAGAGGUCCUGCAACAGCUGGAGCAUCUACUUUUCUUAGCCGCCAAGUAAAAACAAGUUGCGUGGGGUAGAGCACCUGUUUUUCUUAGCUGUCAAACGAGUUGAGCCCCGGGGAGCCGCUCGUAGUGUCAUCAAUAAUUGUACUAAGGAAUAUCCUUUCCUUCAGUAGGAAGUCUAGAAAUAUAUUAGAAGAAGAGAUAAGAAUGCGAUGGGGCCCAAUGAGUACCCGGUUCUAUCCUCUUCCUCUAUAUAUUCUCUAGCUUAGUCUCUUGCAAGACAUCGGUCGAAAAACCAGAGUCUUACUUGAGAAGAAGUCUAAGUCCAAUCCUUUGUAAGCAUUUUAAGCUUUCUAUAGUUCUUUGUGCUUAUCAUUUCUUACAAA